CGGGAUUGCUUAUGUCGUUGAAGGUGUCUCGAAGCUAAAUUUUCGAAAAAUGCAGCUAUCAGUUAAGUUGAUAUUAGGUGGGGCUGCGAUGCUGGGGGCGACAGUUUUGGUGGGAUUUCUUGGAUUUCAACCGUUAGUGAAUGUCGUGGUGAAAGAUCAAACGUCUCUGAGAAAACGAAACCAAAUGAGGAAACUUUAUCUAAAUAUCCCGUUCCCUCUAGACACCAGAAUAUAUUUUUUCAACGUAACCAAUCCCAUGGAAGUUCAAAACGGCUCUAAACCCAUUCUUCAGGAAGUAGGACCCUAUUGUUACGAUGAACAUAAAAAUAAAAUCAACGUGGUCGAUAACGACGCCGAAGACAGCCUGCGUUACGACGCCUUCGACGUGUACAGAUUCAAUAAAAACCGUUCGGGGAAUCUCUCCGACGAGGACUACGUGACGAUUAUUCAUCCCCUUUUAGUGGGUAUGGUGAACAGAGUGGCGUCGGAUUCUCCGGCAUUGUUAUCCAUAUUAAACCAGGCGUUCGAAACGAUUUUCAAAAACCCCCAGUCGAUCUAUCUGACGGACAAAGUAAAGAAUAUACUCUUUGAUGGGAUGGAACUUAAUUGCGAAGGAGCGGAUUUCGCCGCUAAGGCGGUUUGUACACAACUUAAAUCUCUCGUACCGGGAAUUAAAGAAAAACCAACUAACAAGAACGUCUUGCUGUAUUCCCUAAUAGGCCCCAGGAACGCCACCGUGGCGAGCACGAUUAAAGUGUUGAGGGGGACGAGGAAUUACAAAGACAUCGGUCGAGUGCUGGAAGUGGACGGGAAAAAGCAGAUCACGCUGUGGGGAUCCGAUUUUUGCAACCGUUUCCGCGGAACGGACGGCUGGAUAAUUCCACCAUUGCUCGAUCCCGCUGACGGUAUACAAUCCUACACCCCGCAUUUAUGCAGGAAUAUCGAUCUUAAGUUCGUUAAAGACGACGUGAUUAAGAAAAUACAAGUGCGCAGAUACGAAACCACUUUGGGCGAUCAAACGAAUAACACGCUCGAUAAGUGCUAUUGUUCUCCGAAGAGAUGCCUCAAAAAAGGAGUAUUCGAUUUGACGAAAUGCGUCGGGGCUCCCAUUAUGGCCACUCUACCGCAUUUCCUCGAAACCGACCAAUCCUACUUGUCUCAAGUGGAUGGAUUGCACCCUAAUUGGGAGGACCACAUUUUGAAUAUCAACAUCGAACCAAUGACUAGCGCCCCACUUAGCGUAAAAAUAAGAAUCCAAAUGAAUUUAGAAAUCGGUCCACAACCCAAGAUAUCCGUCAUGAAAAAUCUCCCUGUUGCUUUGCAUCCAAUAUUUUGGCUAGAAGAUGGCUUGGAAUUGGAAGGGGAGCUGUACGAGAAGAUCGCUAAUAUAUUCGUGCUGCUCAAAAUGGCUCAAAUCCUGCGUUGGACUUUCAUAGUGGUGUCGAUCGCGAUAAUUGCUUACGGGUAUUAUUUGAUUAUGAAGAAUAGGAAGAGCGUGAAAAUAACGCCGGUGCACAGCGCGUCCUCGUACGAUUCGUACGAUAACGAAGCAUUUAAUAACAGGAGCACAAACGCUAUUAUUUCGCAGUUGAAAACCGAAAUGAACUACCCGAAAAAUUACAGGAAUGUGAGCAAUAAUAAUACUAAUAAUAAUAAUGUUGGGAGCGGGCAUGAGUUCGAUAGGUACAGUUAGGAUAGAUAAUUUGAAUUUUAUAAGACGAUUUUUUAAUAUCUACUUUUUCAAUUUGUCUAUUCUAUGUGUACGGCAACUGUAACCAAAUCUCCUAGUCAUCAAAUUAGGUGAAUAUAUUUUUUAUUUAAAUACAUUCAACUGAAAUAGUAUUAACUUUUACUGCUCCAAACGAGGUUAGAUAAAUUAAAUUUGUAACACAUUAUUAAAUCUACACCAGGUAGUAGUAGCUCACUGUAUACAAAAUUAAUGCUAUGUUGUUAUACAUAUUUUAGGGUCUUUGGACUUUUUGCACUGACUACAUAAAAUUAAAUAUUUAUCUUCACUUAAUCAAUUGGUGUUUUGUCAUUGUAGUUAAAUUAAAUAUUAUCUUAACCACUUCUCG